CCUUAUUACCGAAUAUUAUUUAGAGUGUAUGCUGUCAAAUGAUGAUUCGGCAGAAAUAGAAAUAUAAGCCUUACAAAGUUAUGAAUACGGAUGAUAACACAUUAUGAAGACGGUUAGAAAAUUAUAGUCAUCGGUUGAUAAAAAGAACGAAAGAUGAUAGUCAUAAACCUGGUAAAGAUCGCGUCUUAUCUUGGUGAUAGGUCUCUUUUAUCUUAGGGGUCAACAAGGUUGUAAACUUGUCGUAUAAGAUAAUCACGGUUUAUUGGAUCUUACGAAGACAGUUCAAUGUCUAUUCCAUUAUUGAAUCAGGGCUAGACACUCUGUUACAAGUGAGAAUGUUUGUCGAGUGCAAAGAAGCAACUGAAGAAUUUGAUAACCAUAUUCUUUAGUUUGUCAGUCAGAACAUCAAUAGGUAUAGACACAGUCCUGCGGACUGUACUCUGAAUAAUGUCGACCUCAUUGAUGUAAGCGAUAGUUCAUCACAUUGAUCAAAUUUAAUGUUUGCCUGAGUUAUACGAAAAAUUUAAUUGAAGACUGGAGACUGUCGAAUCGUGAAAAUCUCUACAGUUUCUACAGUUCCUACUGGCUACGUAGCAACCUAUUUUAGAGGUGAGACAAAAACAGAGCGGGCUGUAGCCUUUGGAUGACAUGAAGACAUCUUGAUACUAAACUUUUUUUCUAGAAAAGGAAGAAGAGUAGCGAGUCGUGGAGGAUAGCAAACGAUGGCAUCGAGUAAUGAAGACAAUACAUCAUCGUCGAAGUCGUUCGAUGAGGUGGAUAUCAAGCCGACACGACAACGGUCUAGCGCCAUCAAAGACAUCUACGAACAACCUGACGAUGAUGGUUAUCAGAAGGACAACGGAGAUGAUGACCUCGUGAAGCUCAAACGUCGGUUGACCCUCCUCGAUGGCGUCGCCAUCAACAUCGGGAUCAUCAUCGGAUCCGGGAUCUUCGUGUCCCCGAAGGGAGUCCUGAAUGGUGUCGGCAGCGUCGGUGCGACCAUGGUGGUAUGGGCCGUUUGCGGAGUCUUCUCCAUGAUCGGUGCCCUCUGCUAUGCCGAGUUGGGUACCAUGAUUCCAGCUUCCGGUGGUGCCUAUGCCUACAUACAACUUAUCUACGGUGACUUCUUCGGCUUCAUGCUUCUCUGGAUUGCGGCCGUGAUGGCCCAACCGGGAUCAAUGGCUGUUGUCGUUCUGACGUUCGCAAACUACAGCCUUCAACCGCUUUACCCCGAUGUAGAAUGUCCACCUCCUAGGACACCCACUGUACUCAUUGCUAUAACGUGUACCAUCUUGGUUACACUAAUCAAUGCCGUUAGUGUUCGAUGGUCAAGCUGGAUUCAAGAUGUGACGAGUUUUUGUAAAGUUGGCGCUCUCGUCAUCAUUAUCAUCUCCGGUAUGGUAGAACUUGGUAGAGGUAUGUUUUGCUACCCUUUGAAGCUUUUACGAACUGUUUCGAAAAAAUGCAAAGAAAUUACGACUAUAUAAUGUGAGGUAAAUGUAAUGAUGAGACUCACCAAAGCACCGUCUCAAAAUCGACCGACGUAAAGUCAUAUAUUUCUCACACUAUCCUACACUAUCCCUCCUUUCUCUUAGCUUCUUUCUUUCACCCUCUGUGUUUUCUUCUCUUUGAUUUUUCCUUGUUUUUCAAUUUCUCGAAAAAUUAUAGAGGACGGUCGCCCCUGCACCCCCGACCCUGUGGCGCCCCUGGCUAAAAAUUGGAGAUUGUUGGAGUUUGAUACAGUACAUGCUCAAGUUGAAAACAAUGCGCCUGUUACUUAUCUCGCGACUAUUUCACGACUAGUCCACUGCCAUUCUAGACUAGUAAACGACGGGUCAUAUAAUCGACUUAUUAAUAAAAAAUAUAUAUUAAUUACAAAAGUUAAAACAGUGCAUUUUUUGUUCAUGGGUAAAAUACGAAGAAACUGUUUUGAUUGACAUUGUGGUGAGAGUGUUUGAGCAGAGAAGAGAAAGAGAGAAAGUAAAUAAAGUGUGGUACUGUGUAUCGUCAGUUAUGUCAGUCUUGUGCGUGAUAAGAUUGAAUGUGAUGUUGCUCCCAAAAUUAGAUAAUUGAACUCUGAAUAAAAAAAUAUGAUGAAUUAUUAGUCUAAGUAAAUCAUAAUUAAUGGCACUUCCCACAUUCUCUUCUUCCUUCAAGAGGAUUUAUUCACUUGGUGGACAAGCAGUUGGUUUACUUGAUAGUCUGGUACUGU